AUGAUCAAAAUUCCACCGACAGAAAUUGUACAACCGGAUCAAAGUUAUUACAUACCGCAUCAUGCUGUCUUACGUGACAGUAGUGCAACUACUCGACUGCGGGUUGUUUUUAAUGCAUCCUGCCGUACCACUAACGGAACCUCGUUAAACGAUAAUAUGUUUAUCGGACCUAAACUUCAAAAGGAUUUGGCCGCUGUCAUAAUGCAGUGGCGCCAAUAUCGUUACGUAUUUACCGCCGAUAUCGCCAAAAUGUAUCGUCAAAUUUUAGUUGACUUCCGCGAUACUGAUUACCAGCGCAUUCUAUGGCGCUCUUCUCCCAGCGAACCUGUUCGCGACUACCGUCUUCUUACCGUGACGUACGGCACUGCCGCCGCUCCGUAUCUCGCUCUUCGAGUGCUAGACCAACUCGCUGAAGAUGACGGUGCUCAAUUUCCGUUGGCCGUCCCUGUUCUACGUCAUCAAACAUACGUUGAUGAUUGCGCGUUCGGAGCCGACGAUCAUAUCCUUGCACGGCAAACACGAGACCAAUUAAUCGCGCUUCUCGCUAAAGGAGGCUUUCGCCUACGAAAGUGGGCAAGUAAUUCUCCAGAUCUUUUGUCAGACCUCGAUCCUGCCGAUCAUGGACUAGCCACUCACAAAGUCCUCCAAGACGAUGAACACCUUAAAGUGUUAGGAGUUAGUUGGAAUCCAAAGCUCGAUGCGUUUCAACUUCGCGUAUCUCUCCCGUCUUCGCCGGGAAAAACGAAAAGAGCUAUUCUCUCGACAAUCGCUGGGUUUUUCGAUCCGAUGGGAUGGGCCGCUCCCGUCAUCAUCGGUGCAAAGAUCUUUAUGCAACGAUUGUGGUCGAUCCAAUGUCAGUGGGACGACGACAUUCCGGGUGAACAUUUCGACCACUGGGCAACUUAUCAUCACCAACUACCGCAUCUCGAGACGCUCAGUAUUCCGCGUUGGACGACGCACGGAUCUCAUACUCUGCACAGCGCACUCCAUGGCUUUUCCGAUGCCUCAACUAUGGCUUUCGCAGCCGUUGUUUACCUUCGCGUUGUUAAUGUCGACGGCUCAAUUAACAUCUCUCUUCUCAUCGCAAAAUCGAAAGUGGCUCCCCUCAAGACGAUAAGCGUUCCCCGAUUGGAAUUGUCGGCGGCGCUCCUUCUCGCUCGGUUAGUUAAUUAUGUGCGGUCCGCUCUUCAACUUCCGAGUAUCGAAUGUCACUGUUGGACCGACUCAACCAUCACACUCGCUUGGCUAAGUCAGUCUCCAUCUCGAUGGAAAACUUUCGUUGCCAAUCGCGUUUCGAUCAUUCAGUCCUUGCUGCCUGAAGUUUCUUGGCGUCAUGUUCCAACGCAGGACAAUCCUGCCGAUUGUGCUUCUCGCGGUCUAGCUCCCCAUGCUCUCGCAAAUUAUAAUUUAUGGUGGUCAGGUCCUUCAUGGCUUUGCCAAUCUCCAGAAUCCUGGCCGACUUGCGAGCUCUCGAUACCAGCCGAGACCGCCCUUGAACAGCGUUCUCAACCACCUAUUCAUUCUUUACAUGUAACCCCUAGUUGGGAUCUCGCAUCACGUUAUUCUUCGUGGCCUCGAUUGCUCCGAAUUACCGCUUAUCUUUACCGUUUUCUUUAUCGACUCCGAUCCUCUAAAAGCGCAUCGUCUUCACAAGCGAUCCUCCAUCCCGAAGAGAUCCAGAAAGCCAAACAUUACUGGCUCCGAGUUAUGCAAUCCGAGAUGUUUUCCGUUGAAAUCUCGACUUUACAACGGCAACUUCCGUUACAAAAAACUAGUUCCUUAUCCACACUCAAUCCUUAUUUGGACGCUGACGGACUUCUUCGCAUCAGAGGACGGCUCCGUCAUGCUUGCCUUUCAGAAACGACGAAGAAUCCGCUCGUAUUACGAGCACAUCCAUUGCUAGUUCUUAUUAUUCAGCAUCAUCAUCUCAGAACGUUACAUGCUGGUCCCCAAUUAACACUCGCUUCAUUACGUAAUGAAUUUUGGAUCCUCCGAUCUCGCGCUACCGUUCGUGCUGUUCUGUAUCAGUGCGUACAAUGCACUCGUGAGCGCGCUAAAAAACCUGUCGAACUCAUGGGCGAUCUACCGGAGGCGAGAGUUAACCGUGCCGCUCGCGCAUUUAUACAUACUGGCGUUGAUUACGCUGGACCAAUCACUGUCCGAACCGCGCCCGGCCGAGGACACAAAUCGCAAAAGGCUUACAUUGCGCUGUUCAUAUGUUUAACGACCAAGGCUAUGCAUUUAGAACUUGUUUCCGAUUACAGCUCGCCGACCUUUAUUGCAGCGUACCAGCGAUUUGUCUCCCGCCGAGGACUACCGCAGUCCAUGUACUCAGACAACGGUACAACCUUUCAUGGCGCUAAUCGAGAAUUAUCCGAAGCUCACGCGAAAGCAAUUCGCGAUCCAAGCUUUCGUAAUCGUCUCGCUAGCGAUGGAACUGCGUGGCAGUUCCUACCCCCGGCCGCACCACAUUUCGGCGGACUGUGGGAAGCCGGUGUCAAGAGCGUCAAAUACCACAUAAAGCGUUGCAUCGGCCUCCAUACAUUAACUUUUGAAGAAAUGACCACGUUUCUUGUCGCAUUGAAGCUUGCUUAA